CCUCGUGAAACUCAAAAGACUGAGCACUCCAGUGUUCUCUACUCUACGUUUUCAGAGAGAGUGAGAGAGAGAGAGAGAUGGAUACGAUGCGACUCUCCGGUGUAUCGAACAGAGCUGAGAUUUUGGUCCAAUGCAAUUCCUUGUCGAGCCUCGUUGGUCGUCGUUGCGACAAUGGAAGAUGGAGAACGAGGAUGUUCCCGGCGCAGAGCAGAACCUGGCGACCGGCGGCGACGAGAAAGCGGUUUUCAUCGGUGAAAUCCGUUUCUAGCGAGCCAAAGGAGAAGAUCGCCGAUGCAGUUAUCGAUUCCGAACAAGAAGCUUUGACCUCCCUGAGCCCGUUUGCUCCAGAUGCUGCUUCGGUUGCCUCGAGCAUCAAGUACCACUCGGAGUUCACGCCUCUCUUUUCUCCGGAGAAGUUUGAGCUGCCAAAGGCUUUCUUUGCCACCGCACAAAGUGUUAGGGACGCUCUGAUCAUAAACUGGAACGCUACAUAUGAGUAUUACAACAGAGUGAAUGUGAAACAGGCCUACUAUUUGUCCAUGGAGUUUUUGCAGGGUAGAGCCCUAUCAAAUGCAGUGGGUAAUCUUGGGCUUACUGGCCCUUAUGCUGAAGCUUUGAAGAGUCUUGGCUUUGAUCUUGAAAGCGUAGCUAGUCAGGAGCCAGAUCCUGCACUUGGUAAUGGUGGACUCGGGAGACUUGCCUCGUGCUUUUUGGAUUCCUUGGCAACUUUGAAUUAUCCGGCAUGGGGUUAUGGGCUUAGAUACAAGUAUGGCUUGUUCAAACAGAGAAUCACAAAAGAUGGGCAGGAGGAAGCGGCAGAAGAUUGGCUUGAGCUAAGCAAUCCUUGGGAAAUAGUCAGGAAUGAUGUCUCAUAUCCUGUAAAGUUCUAUGGAAAAGUGGUUUUUGGAUCAGAUGGUAAGAAACGGUGGAUUGGUGGAGAAGACAUAGUGGCCGUUGCUUAUGAUGUUCCUAUACCUGGCUAUAAAACUAAGUCUACCAUCAAUCUACGACUCUGGUCAACAAAAGCCCCUUCAGAAGAUUUUGAUUUAUCUUCAUACAACUCUGGGAAGCAUACUGAGGCAGCAGAAGCUCUAUUUAACGCUGAGAAGAUUUGUUACGUGCUUUAUCCUGGAGAUGAGUCAAUUGAAGGAAAGGCUCUUCGUCUGAAGCAACAGUACACUCUGUGCUCGGCCUCGCUCCAAGAUAUCAUUGCACGUUAUGAGACACGGUCUGGAGGAAGCAUCAACUGGGAAGAAUUUCCAGAGAAGGUUGCAGUGCAGAUGAAUGACACUCACCCUACCCUGUGCAUUCCUGAGCUAAUGAGGAUUCUAAUGGACUUGAAAGGACUAAGCUGGGAGGACGCUUGGAAAAUCACUCAAAGGACUGUGGCAUACACAAACCAUACAGUCUUGCCUGAGGCUCUGGAGAAGUGGAGUUUAGAACUUAUGGAGAAAUUGCUGCCACGUCAUGUGGAGAUUAUAGAAAUGAUUGAUGAGGAGCUAGUUCGCACAAUUGUUUCUGAGUAUGGCACCGCGGAUCCUGACUUACUCGAGGAGAAACUGAAGGCAAUGAGGAUCUUAGAGAACGUGGAGUUGCCUUCUGCCUUUGCAGAUGUGAUUGUGAAGCCAAAGAACAAACCAGUUUCUGCAAUAAACACCAUAGGCCCGUUCGAAGACUCUGAAGAAGAUGCUCAAACUGUGGUGAAAAAGGAACAAGAAGAGGAAAGAUCUGCUGGCGAGGAAGAGGAAGUUAUCCCAGAACCUACAGUAAAACCUCCAAAGAUGGUCCGUAUGGCCAACCUCGCUGUUGUGGGUGGUCAUGCUGUAAAUGGGGUUGCAGAGAUACACAGUGAAAUAGUGAAGAAGGAUGUGUUUAAUGAAUUCGUUAAGUUGUGGCCGGAUAAAUUUCAGAAUAAAACCAAUGGAGUAACACCAAGGCGAUGGAUUCGUUUUUGCAAUCCGUAUCUAAGUGAUAUUAUAACUAACUGGAUAGGCACAGAAGACUGGGUCUUAAACACUGAAAAGCUUUCAGAACUAAGAAAGUUUGCGGAUAAUGAAGAUCUUCAAUCCGAGUGGAGAGCAGCAAAAAAGAAGAACAAGUUGAAGGUUGUAUCACUAAUCAAGGAAAGAACCGGAUAUACUGUCAACCCGGAUGCAAUGUUCGACAUUCAGAUCAAGCGUAUCCAUGAGUACAAGCGACAACUGCUUAAUAUCUUGGGAAUUGUUUAUCGUUACAAAAAGAUGAAGGAAAUGAGUGCCAGUGAGAGGGAGAAGGCAUUUGUUCCAAGAGUUUGCAUAUUUGGGGGGAAAGCAUUUGCCACAUAUGUGCAAGCUAAGAGGAUUGUGAAAUUCAUCACAGAUGUUGGGUCUACAAUUAACCAUGAUCCAGAAAUAGGUGACCUGCUAAAGGUUAUCUUCGUUCCUGAUUACAAUGUCAGUGUUGCUGAAUUGCUCAUUCCAGCAAGUGAGCUUUCUCAGCACAUCAGUACCGCUGGGAUGGAAGCGAGUGGGACAAGCAACAUGAAGUUUUCUAUGAAUGGUUGCAUUUUGAUUGGAACCUUGGAUGGGGCAAAUGUAGAGAUUAGAGAUGAAGUUGGCGAAGAAAAUUUCUUCCUCUUCGGUGCAAAAGCUCAUGAGAUUGUGAACCUCAGAAAAGAGAGAGCAGAAGGGAAGUUUGUUCCGGAUCCUAUUUUUGAAGAAGUCAAGAAAUUCGUUAGAAGUGGUGUCUUCGGCUCAAACAACUAUGAUGAACUUAUUGGCUCUUUGGAAGGAAAUGAAGGCUUUGGACGAGCGGAUUACUUCCUCGUUGGCAAAGACUUUCCUAGUUAUGUUGAAUGCCAAGAAAAAGUCGACGAGGCAUACCGAGACCAGAAAAGAUGGACGAGAAUGUCAAUCAUGAACACAGCAGGUUCAUUCAAGUUUAGCAGCGAUAGGACGAUCCACGAAUAUGCCAAAGACAUAUGGAACAUUAAGCAAGUCGAACUUCCAUGAGCCUUAACUAGUCUACCUUAAGAACUCUUUUGAAUGUCUCUUCUACUUCCCAAGUUCCCAGUGUAUCCAGGUAAAUAAGGAAAUCAUGUUAUGUAAUGAUGCAAUACAGUGAAUGCAAGAAAUAAGAUUCAAAGAGUGUAGGAAUUAACAGGGGCUUUUACCGCCUUAGAGGCGUGCUUCUGACCGGCUAAAUGAUCGUUGUAAACCUUGUCGCUAUUACAAACAACGUUGCAUAUUCUACACAAUCUAAUUGACUCAUUUGUUGCCCCA